AUGGAGAACCAGGCUGGAGUGGAGAACGUUACAGACCAGGACCUCAUCAACUUCAAGGAGCUGAGAAACCUAACCAUCACCUUCUGCAAACUACGCUUCAUCUCAGCCAACGCCUUCCGUGAAAACACCAAGCUGCAAUAUGUAAAUCUGGCGUCCAACCUUCUGGAGCACAUCAGCUGGAAGGUCUUCCACUUCCUGCCUCUGCUCAGUCUGGUUCUCCGGGACAACCCUCUGCUCUGCUCCUGUGAGCUGCACUGGCUGCAGCAGUGGCAGAGCAGCUCUAGAGCUGAGCUGGACUCACAGCUCUCCUGUCUCCAGGCUCAGCAGGAGGUGCCCCUCAGCUCCCUGCUCCUCCCCAACUGCACUCUCCCGGAGGUCACCAUCCUCCCGGCCAACACUCGGGUGCAGGAGGGGGGUAACCUCACCUUCGAGUGUCACGUGACCGGCAGCCCUACCCCCCAGGCCCGAUGGAGGACGGAGCACCUGCAGUCGCCGUUCACCACACAGAAGAGGAUCUGGGGGUCCACCAUGGAGCAUGUCCUGUAUCUGACCAACGUGUCGUCUGCUGACAACCUGCACAACCUGACCUGCGAGGCAGAGAACCAGGCGGGACCGGACUCCGGCUCUGUGCCUCUGGACAUUCAAUUCCCCGCCCGGAUCCUCUUCCUGAAGGACGCGGUGCCCAUGCAUCACUGGUGCUUCCCGUUCGCGGUGGACGGGAACCCGGAGCCCAGCAUCUCAUGGCUACGUGACGGGAAGCCACUGCGCGAGAGUCUGUUCGCUUACACCGAGAUCAUCAGCGACGCCAGAGACGGCUCCGAGAAGCACGGCUGCCUCUACCUCAACAAACCCACUCACAUCAACAACGGCCUCUACACGCUCACCGUCACCAACCGCCUCGGCACCGACCACGCCAACGCCACCGGCAGCUUCAUGAACAACCCCUUCGAGCCCUUUGAUCCAGAGGGCAUCAUACCAGCUCCCACCAAGAAGACAGCGCUGGCGGUGGCGGAGAACCUGGAGAGUCGUGUCUUUGUGGUGUCGGUGGCCGUGGGGCUGGCUCUCUUCGCCUGUGCCUUCCUCCUGCUCAUCCUGGUCGUCGUCAACAAAUGUGGACAUCAGCCCAAGUUUGGCAUUCACCGCUCCUCGGUCCUGGGCGCUGAGGACGACCUGGCCGUGUCUCUGCACUUCAUGAAGGGCGGCAGUCCUCCGUCCUCUGAUGAAGACUCCGGAAUGUCCAGCUUUGUGGAGAACCCCCAGUACUUCUGCGGCAUCAUCAAAGACAAAGACAUGUGCGUGCAGCACAUAAAGCGGCAGGACAUCGUGCUGAAGUGGGAGCUGGGAGAGGGAGCGUUUGGGAAGGUCUACCUCGCAGAGUGCUCCAACCUCAACCCCGACUGUGACAAGAUGCUGGUGGCCAUCAAGACCCUGAAGGACGCCACAGAGUCCACACGGCAGGACUUCCAGAGGGAGGCGGAGCUUCUGACCGUCUUACAGCACCAGCACAUUGUCCGCUUCUACGGCGUCUGCACAGACGGAGAGCCGCUCGCCAUGGUGUUCGAGUACAUGCGGCACGGAGACCUUAACCGCUUCCUCCGAGCCCACGGUCCAGACGCCCGGAUGUUGGAUGAGUCGAAGAUGCCGGCUCUGGGGCAGCUCACGGUUCCACACAUGCUCCACAUCGCGGCACAGAUCGCCUCAGGGAUGGUCUACCUCGCCUCCCUGCACUUUGUUCACCGAGACCUGGCAACGCGCAACUGCCUGGUGGGGGAGGGGCUGGUGGUGAAGAUCGGAGACUUCGGAAUGUCCCGGGACAUCUACAGCACGGACUACUACAGGGUGGGGGGGCGCACCAUGCUGCCGAUCCGCUGGAUGCCUCCGGAGAGCAUCAUGUACCGGAAGUUCACCACAGAGAGCGACAUCUGGAGCUUCGGCGUGGUGCUCUGGGAGAUCUUCACCUACGGCAAACAGCCCUGGUACCAGCUGUCCAACAGUGAGGCCAUCGAGUGCAUCACCCAGGGCCGGGAGCUGGAGCGGCCUCGCACCUGUCCCAUGGAGGUGUAUGGUCUGAUGCAGGGCUGCUGGCACCGCGAGCCCCAGCAGAGGAUGGUCAUCAGGGACAUCCACAGCCGCCUGCUCGCCCUGGUCCAGAACCCCCCUGUCUACCUGGACGUCCUGGGAUAG